AGUCCUUUAAAGGCGUAUUUAAAGCCCUGGCUUCAGUUGCAGGAGUAGCGGACAACCUAUGCAACACAAUCUGCCGCAGAGCCCAGCGACUGUCCGACUCUGAGCGGACCAAAACACGGAGCCAGCGGCUGACACAACCUGGCGAGGUACGACUGCAGGGCUUAAAAUUGCAGUCUGGUCCAAAACUUCAACAUCUCAAUUAAUGAAGCUUUCAAGGCCUUUUGAUUGAUCAGCCAAUCGAUGGGGAUUUUCAGAGGAGCUCCGCCCACCUUCGCUGCCUGCCCUCCUCCUCCCCAUUCCCCCCUUGGGCUCUUCUUUGCCCCCACCCACUCCGUCAUCCAGACCUCCAUCCAGCCCUCAAUCCAACCCUCUAUACACAAAAUGACUCUGAAACUUACUGAAUGGUCUUCUAUAUGGAUUUUUACAGCUUGUAAUAGACAGUAAGAAAAAGAGGGGGAGAAACCUCAAUGACAAUAAAGCCAUAAACACACACACACACACACACACACACACACACACACACACACACACACACACACACACACACACACACACACACACACACACACACACACACACACAAAUACACUCUCACACACACAGUACACACACAAACAUACCUGACACACACCGAAAGAAGCACUUUUUCUUGGAAUGUACCGCACAGUCUUCCUGUGAAAAUUCAACUGCUUCCUUAAUUUCUCUGUAUUUUCUACAAGCCUUUGGAAAGCUGAUUUUCUUUUUCAACUCUGGGACUAAACAAAAAGCCGAAAGGGAGAUCAACACAUCUUGAAUUGUAAGCUGCAGUGUUUUGGGAGGACAACUUGUUCAGAAGGACAACUGAUUGCUGAGUUUUUGGUUUUGUUUUCUUUACUUUAACAUGCUAGAUCAUACAUAAUAGAUCUCUUUUCCCUUCAUUUAUUUAUUGACACUAUCCAUCACAGGUUUUUAUUCUAGUGGUAUUAGCACUGCAUACAUUUUAAAGCAGUAAUAGAUCAUACUACUAGCCAGUUAGUACCACAUGCUACAAUUUGUUGCUUGUAAAGAUUGUAAUAAUUCACUACUAAAGUCACUACUAUUUUUAUAGAAACUACAUAUGCAGGGACAUAGUAUUGUUUUUUUCCUUUGGUAGCUACAGGUAAUUGUUUUCCAAUUUGUCAGCUUGUUAGAGGGGCAUUGUUUUUUUUUUUUUUCAUUGCAUGCAUGCCCUCCACCAUGCCUCCCCAGAACACAGAGGCCGCUGCUAUGCAGGUCGGAUCUCUGGUGGGCGGGGUUAACGUCAAAAACUCCGCGGAAUCGGGCUUGGGCGUGGAGAAAGCAGGAGGUGAGGCGCAUGGAUCAGGGGGUAGCCGAGGUCGAGGAGGGGAGGAGUCAGUGAGCGAGGGAUCGGUCGAAGGCAUACCCUUGAAGAGAUGGGUGAUGCAUGGGGCCGUGAUGUUCGGCAGGGAGUUCUGCUACGCCAUGGAGACAGCGCUGGUUACACCUGUACUGCUGCAAAUAGGUCUUCCAGAGCAGUACUACAGUCUGACGUGGUUCCUCAGUCCGGUCCUCGGCCUCAUGUUCACUCCUCUGAUUGGCUCGGCCAGCGAUCGCUGCACUCUGCGAUGGGGCAGGAGGAGGCCAUUUAUCCUGGCACUCUGUAUAGGGACCCUGUUAGGAGUGGCACUCUUUCUGAAUGGAUCGCUAAUAGGUUUGGCCAUGGGAGAUGAGCAAGGGAGACAACCAAUAGGAAUUGUUCUUACUGUGCUGGGGGUGGUGGUGUUGGACUUUUCUGCAGAUGCAACUGAGGGACCAAUCAGAGCGUACCUGCUAGACGUGGCAGACACGGAGGAACAAGACAUGGCCCUUAACAUCCAUGCUGCCUCAGCAGGUCUUGGUGGUGCAGUUGGCUACGCCCUUGGAGGUUUAGACUGGACGCACACCUUCCUUGGAGCCAUCUUCAAGUCCCAGGAGCAAAUCCUGUUCUUCUACGCUGCCAUCCUCUUCUCCGUCUCUGUCGUUUUACAUCUCUUCAGCAUCGAGGAGCAGCAGUACUCGCCCCAACAGGACAGGCUGGAGCAGGAGACUCCAGAUCGCACUAAGCUGCAACCAUCAACCAAUGGCAGGACUGGACUUCCCGCCCCCAAGCUGGAAUUGAUUGGAGAGGAUGAAACAAUGGACAGCUAUGACCUUUAUGACCCUUGUGGAGACAACUUCUCAGAGCGUGGGGACAUGGACAUGGACUUCCUAGAGAUGGAGCUUGUGAGAAGUAAGAGUGACAGUGUUCUAGCCAUGGCAGAUGCCACUCUCGACCACCUGGACCACGAAGCGUUGUUCCUGUGCCACAUAGAGCCGUCCAUCUUCGCUGACCGCCUCUCGCCCUAUCACGGCUCGCCUCCUACGAGCGGUAAUUUCUUCAAUGCCAAUCGCAGUACUCCGCCACCGCGGUUUGGCAGCAUCAGACGCAGCAGCAGCGCAGGAAGUCAAGACCUGCUCCAAACCAACAAACACCAAACACACGCUACCACCCCUAGGAUUUCCCGCCUCUCUGCUUUUCUACAGGAAAUGGAAAAUGAUGAAGGUGAGGAGGCGUUACUGAACAACCAGCUCAAUGAGCAGCGGACACUAAACGGGCGGCUGUUAGCCACUGUAACUAAUCCUGAUGGGGAUGGCACUAACAUGCUGAGCUCUAAAGGACAGGCACAUCGCGCUGGGAUGGUCAAAGCUUCCAGUACUGGAGCCCCCAUGCGGCAGUCCCGUCACCGCCAUGUCUUCUACCGCCAGCCAUCCUACACCUUCUCCUACUACGGUCGAGUUGGGAGCCAUCGCUACCGCUAUCGCCGGGCCAAUGCCGCUUAUAUCAUCAAGCCCUCUCGCAGCAUGAACGACCUGUACGAAGUGGAGGCCAGACACAGGAGGAAUCACAGGCAGAGAAACAGACACCGCAGCGGAAACACCAACUCCUCCAGCGGGGAUACAGAGAGCGAAGAAGGAGAGGUUGAGACCACUGUGCGGCUGUUGUGGCUCUCCAUGCUGAAGAUGCCUCCGGAGCUGCUGCGCCUGUGUGCCUGUCACCUGCUCACCUGGUUCUCCAUUAUUGCCGAGGCCGUCUUCUUCACUGACUUCAUGGGACAAGUCAUCUACCAUGGAGAUCCUACUGCUCCUGCUAACUCUACUUUAUUGGAGGAUUAUCACAAAGGAGUUCAGAUGGGAUGUUGGGGACUAGUAAUAUAUGCCAUGACUGCUGCCACAUGCUCAGCUAUCCUUCAGAAGUACCUUGACAAUUUUGACCUCAGCAUUAAGGUCAUCUACAUCUUGGGAACGCUUGCAUUUGCCCUAGGAACUGCUGUCAUGGCAAUCUUUCCUAAUGUGUAUGUUUCCAUGGUGAUGAUCAGCAGCAUGGGCAUCAUCUCCAUGAGUAUAUCCUACUGUCCUUAUGCUCUGCUGGGACAGUAUCACGAAAUGAAAGAGUACAUCAGGCACAGUCCUGGUAACUCCCGGAGAGGCUUUGGCAUAGAUUGUGCUAUCUUAUCCUGCCAGGUGUACAUCAGUCAGAUCUUGGUGGCUUCAGCUCUGGGUGCUGUCGUGGAGGCUGUUGGCAGCGUCCGUGUCAUUCCCAUGGUGGCCUCUGGGGGCUCCUUCCUUGGAUUCUUGACCGCCCUCUUCCUGGUCAUUUACCCGACUCCUAACGGGGAUGGGGAAUCAGCCAAAGCAUCAAAGCGGUCCUUGACUAAGCUGGAGAAUCCCAACACUGACGAAGUGGCUGUUACAGUGGUUACAGAAAAACCCAGCUUCCUGAAACUUAACAAGAAAGGCCAGCCAACCACCAUCAUCUCUUCCUGUCACACAGAGAUUGAGUCUGCUCUGUGAUUGGUUGGCUUGAGACGACAGAUAUGUUGCUGCAGAACCAACUUACUUCACUUUUGAAACGUUUGCUGAUGAAAAGAUAUACUGAUCUCACCGUCCCCGUCAUGCUAGAGUUUACUGACACAAAGAAGAGAGAGGAGGGCCGUCGGUGUGCACUUGGUCUACUCUAGGUGUCUGUUCUUGCUUUGACAGGCUUUUUUUUGAUUUGGUGUGUAUUGAUUUACUGAAGAAAAACACUUUAUCUGAUGUGGGACCAGUGUCACACCAGACCAACUUACCCUACAAAAAAAACGCAUUCAGGUCCCAAAAUUUCUUCCACAUAGCCUCCACGGACAUUUGACUGAUCCAUCCAGGUCGUCCAGAAGUAAAUAAUCCAUUGGUCAAGGUUUAACGGAGAGGUCGUCUCUGUCUCUCAGGGCCUCUAGGAGGUGCUACUGAGCAGCCACCUGGGCAGGAAACUUCAGGGGACUAACACACACACACACACACACAAACACACACACACACACACACACACACACACACCCCCCUCUUCAUCUGGGUUAACGCAAUCGAAAACAUUGUUGAUGAACAUUAGUCCUCGAAGCUGCAAUCAUUCAAAAAUGCUGAAAAUUGUUUUUCCUCGCUGUAGGAUCGGCUUGAAUCUUUGCUAAAAUGAUGCAAGCGAGAUUGAUGAGAGUGUGUGUGUCUGCUGACGUUUCACCAAAAUAAACCCAAUCUCAGAUUUGGGGGAAUUACACUGGACUCUGCGACCGUAGCUUUAAGACUUCAAGACUUUUGGAAGUGUCAUUUUCGAAAAAACUAAGAGUCCGAAGCCUGGUUCCUGACGGAAAAUUUGUGAUUUUAUGUCCCCAAAAGGAUUGCAAGUGAGUGUUUUUUUUUUUUUUUUUCUGUCCUCCCAAUGGCAGGAGUCCUGAAGUCUUUAAUUUAGCCUUUGCUCCAAGGCAACGUUGACAAUAGGCUCUGCUCAGGAGUUGCCUGUAUAUUGAGGGUCAAGAAUACAGAUGUGUAUUGAGGGAAAUUCCAGGAAAGACUAAGCGCAGAUGCAAUAUGUGCAGUAUACAGGGCAUUACAAUCCCAAAUAUUAUUUUCACGAUUUGUUGAGGGGCCAGAAUGAUGCCUAUGUUAGUUUUAAAUAAUCUAGGCUAACCUACUUGCUGCAUGUUAGAGGAGCAGAGAAGAGACAAACCAAACACUAGAGAAGUAGAGAAGCGAGAUGCUGAGUUUUCUCUUUAUCUACUUUCUCUUGCUUAUUUUUUAUAUUUUAUUUUUAGAAAAUGCUGUUAGUACAAUGCUAGUCACUAACUGCACAUUAGCUGAGCCAUUGUUUGAAAGAGUGUUAAACAGCAUUAAGUUUGAAAAGCCUUGUUUUUAAAAUCCUCUUCAGGAGUUGGAUUCAUGCAUCCUAGGUCACCAGCAGGACGGGGCUUCCAGUGGAUCCAUUAACUCUACCAGUAAUUGUCAAGAGUCUGGAAUGGGACACAGGAUUAUUAGGGUGGAUGCUAGAUAUAUUGAAAGAAAAUAUAUAAUAUAAGAGAGGCAAAAUAAAUUAUUCUUGUGUUGAGAACUAGUGGCCUAUAGUUUAGGCUUGUUGCUUGAGUCUUAGUGGACGAUUUACGCUCCUGGUUUAGGUGUCAUGGUUCCACUGUAAUGGGCCAAAUAUAUAAUAUAGUAUUUUAGAUGCUCAUUACAUCUGUGUGUUGUAGGCUGAAUGGACAUAGAAGAAGAUACAGGGAUGAAACAAGGGCUGGGAAAAUGUUUUCACUUAAAAAAAAGUCAUACAAAUAUUCGGCAUACAGACAUGAAUGAUAUUGAUCUUUUUGUCUGCGUAUUUCCAAAAAUUGCCAAAGUAUUCUUUUAAAUGUUUAAACUAAAGCAUAGUUUGAACUGUUACACAUUUGCAAAAUGUGUGUCUUAACUUGAUCCAAAAAAAGAGAAUGGAGGCAGAUUUUACACUUUCCGAGAGUCCUUGCAGACAGAUUUAUUGAGUUAAUUGAAAUUGCCUGUCUUGAAAAUUACUUUACUGGUUGUCGACUUGAAAGAAAUCUGACUUUGCCUCUUAAUAAAACAACAAAAUAUCAAGAAAUAGUUACUAAAUUACAGAAAAAGCCAGCGAGCUGACCAGAAUAUAUUAUUUCUUGGACCGAACUGCUUAAGUUAGUUUAGUUAAAGUGUUGUAAGAGAUGGGUGACACUCCAUGAGGGCAAGGGGCAGCAAGCGUGACGGUGGAUGAGGAAGUGAAAUUGUUGACUUUAGCUUUAAUUUAAUCCGGUUUACACAGUGAUGAGACAAUUAUAUUUUGUUAAAACACAUGCAAGUUCUAUAAAUUAACGCUAAACUUGUAUGAAUACUGAAUCUUGGAAUGUUUCAACAGCUGACAAAAAAACCCCAACUUGUACUGUAGUAAGAAAAAAAUAUUGAAGAUGUUAUUGUGUCUUUUGUUUUCUAACAAAUCAGAUCUUUUGUUGAAAUAAUGGCCUCUGUUAAUCAGCUGGGGAGAGGACUGUGUGUGUGAGGGAUGUGCAGGCAGAGCAGGGUUGUUUCUGGUGGUUUUUUCCCUGCAUCUGUCAGGUGAGAGGAUGUGGAUAUGGGUCAGUUUUCCUUUCAGCGCAAUCAGCUGAAACAAGCAAAUUGAAAGAAUCGAAAUGCAAAUUGCAUUGACUUCAUUAACUGAUGAAAGAACGUUUCUUUAUAGCGUAUAUAUAGUACAGCAUUUGAGCGAGAAGUUUAUUUUUUUGUUUUAGAAGAGAAUUUACUGACUGAUGAAGUGGUUGUUAUUUUUAUUUGGUUUUGUCUUGGUGCAGAGAUGAAUCCUGUUUCUAACAGAAUAGAUUUCUUCCAUAAUUUCAGGUACAUUCAGUCAGUCUCUGAGCAGACUAGAGAGAGGGAGUAUUUUGCUUCGUGGAUUGAAUCCUGCUCUGGCUGUGGUGCUGGGACAAAAAAAGCAAGGAUGGGACAAUGACAGAAGACGAGGAGGUACAGAUGCCAGAGAUUUGAAUGGCUUCUGUAACCACUGGGGCAAUAAAAUAUUCUGGAUUAUUAGAUUAAAAAAAAAUAGAUUUUGGAGGUUUGCAUGUAACAACAGCAAUAUGCAUGUGUGGAACACCAAAGUAGGACUUUGUACAAAUCACCCAAGCUCCUUUCUUUAUUGUCCUAAUAGGUCAGGGAUGUAUUUUCUAAUGCAUGGCUGGAUGUUUGUAUCUUUUUGUUUAAAGUUAAAUGUGUGAAGAAAAACCAACACGUACUCUUAAAGCUAAAGCAUUGUGCUCGGUCUGGGGCAGUACACACUCAACAGGCAUGUGACCUUCUAAACCUUUUGCACAUUUAUGAGUAAAGUUUCAGACGCCAUACAUCUUGUUUCUUUUCAACACAACAUGCAUGUGGAUGAAAGAUGAGAUGCCUGUCGUCCCGAGCAACACACUUUGUUAAAAGUGUAGACGAGAAACUCUAGCCCUCAAAUACUUGAAGUGCAACUUGAGUGUUUCUGUUCCAAUACAAUAGUCUUUUCUUUUUUUUUUGUUCUUAAAUGAACACGCCGACUUAUUGGGACUUUAGCUUAUUCACCGUAUCCCCCAGAGUUAUAUGAUGAAUCCAUACAUACCCUUCUCAUCUCUGUGCACCCACCCCUAGCCUAGCUUACCAGAGGUCCUAACU